AAGCAGAGCAGAGCCGACUAUCUUGACGGAUUAUGUGGACAUAUCGGUGAAAGCAAGCGGCUCCCGAGGACCAGACACUCGCGGACAAUAAAGGGAGCCUCUUAAAAAAAAUGGACGACUGACAGCUCGAGGCGAAGUUGGCGUAAUUCAGUGAACAUCGAAUUGUAUGUAAAAACUGAGCCACAAUGAUGUCAGAAUGCGACCCGACGGAGGCGGAGAGCAGCGAGCCCGCGCCGGACACCGGAGCGUCGACGGCGGCGUCGCCAGCUCCGAAGGAGUGCGUCUUUCACCCCUCGGACCCUCCCACGGUGUUAUUCGACCGGAACGGGAUCGGUUUGGGACCCGUGACGAACCUCGGAGGUGCCGUUCGUAUUUCGGACUCGUGCGAGAGCUUCCUGACCGAGCUGGAGACGGACGGCUCCGGCGAAGAGGCGCUGUUGUUACCGUGCUUGGCCGGAAGCGCGUCGUCUCCGCGGGGUGUGGGAGAGAAGCGGAGCAGGCGGAACAGACGCAGCUCGUCGUCGGAUAAAGACAACCUGUCCUCCCCAGGUGGCAGCGGAGACUUCAACCAUUUCCCCGACGACCCCGAGUUUGCGGACAUCGUCCAGAGGGCGGAGCAAGCCAUCGAGAACGGCGUCUUCCCGGAGCGGAUCUCCCAGGGUUCAAGUGGGAGCUACUUUGUCAAGGACCCAAAAGGGCUGACUGUAAGCGGCCUCCAAGGCGGCUCCGCUCUGCUCUCUGCCAGUCGAGCUGCUCAGAAGAGUGCAGAGAAGAAAGUCGUCGGCGUCUUCAAACCAAAGUCAGAGGAACCGUACGGUCACCUGAACCCCAAAUGGACCAAAUAUUUCCACAAGCUGUGCUGUCCGUGUUGUUUCGGCCGAGGCUGCUUGGUGCCUAACCAGGGUUACCUCUCGGAGGCCGCCGCCUCGCUGGUGGAUACCAAACUCGGCCUGGGAGUGGUGCCGAAAACCAAGGUGGUGUACCUGGCCAGCGACACGUUCCACUACAGCGCCAUCGACAGAGCCAAAUCCAAGGGGAAGAAGUACGCCUUGGAGAAGGUUCCCAAGGUGGGACGACACUUCCACCGAGUGGGCCUCCCACCCAAGGUGGGCUCGUUCCAGCUGUUUGUGGAGGGCUACCGCGAGGCCGACUUCUGGCUGCGGCGCUUUGAGGCGGAGCCUCUGGCGGAGAACAUCCGGAAGCAGCUGCAGUCCCAGUUUGAGCGUCUGGUGGUGCUGGACUACGUCAUCAGGAACACGGAUCGAGGGAACGACAACUGGUUGAUCAAGUAUGAGAAGCCAGGAGGAGACGCAGACCGACACAAGGAUGCGGAGUGGACGGAGAAGAGCUCCGCCUCCUGCGUCAAGAUCGCGGCGAUCGACAACGGCCUGGCCUUCCCCUUCAAGCACCCGGACGAAUGGAGAGCCUACCCGUUCCACUGGGCGUGGCUCCCUCAGGCCAAGGUGGCCUUCUCCCAGGAGACCAGAGACCUGGUGCUGUCCCGCCUAUCCGACAUGAACUUUGUCCAGGACCUCUGUGAGGACCUCUAUGAGAUGUUCAAGACGGAUAAAGGCUUCGAUAAAACCAUGUUUGAGAGACAGAUGUCUGUAAUGAGAGGACAGGUGUUGAAUCUGACCCAGGCGCUGAAGGACGGGAAGAGCCCCAUCCAGCUGGUGCAGAUGCCCCGGGUGGUGGUGGAGCGCAGCCGCUCGGGGGGCCACGGCCACGUGGUCACGCUGGGCAACGCCUUCACGCAGACCUUCCACUGCAAGCGCCCCUUUUUUACCUCUUGGUAGUCGGAGAGGAGGAAGAGGAGGGGGGGAAGAAGAUGUAGGAGACUGCGCACGUCUCUUUGCCUGGAGAAGAAAAAUUAGGACACGGAGGAAGCGAGAAGGGAAGUGCGACGAGGAAGCCGCUCCACACGUCGCGAAGGGAGCGUGGGCCCGGCGUCUGUUUGGUUUCCAUGGUGAUCUGCUUUUCCACACAGGUGGGCGUUAGCUUAUUGUUAGAAGGCCAAAAUGAUGAUAUUUGUACACACCCCAGAGUACCUACUGAAAGUACCUCGCAGAGGUCUCCUAGCGGUGCUACCGGCCAAAGAAAUACUUAAACAUCUGUAGUCCAGGAGGUUUUUUUGCGGGAAUCUAAAGGCCUGGUUUCACAGAUCUCUCUCCCUCUCUCUCUCUCUCUCUCUCUCUCUCUCCAGAAAGUGAUUUAUUUAUUUAUUUUUAAAUGGGGACAGUGUUGUUCCUCCUGCCUGGGGGAUUAAGUCUCAACAUUUGUUUUUGCCUUGUAGGAAUACUUACUCACAUAUUUCGACGAAGUGUUUUGACGAGUUCCUCCAGAGCCGCAGGUCAAAAGCCCCAAAAGUCUUCAGCCCUCACUAUACUGCCAAAAUCUGUGUGUGGAAAAGGAGGAUCGAACCGCCUGAAGAAAACCAAUAUUGAAACUUGAAUACGACAAUUGUGGGGGAAGGAGGACCAGUGAUGAAGAUAUUGUUUGAAUGUAAUCUGUUUACAGUCUUCUCGACAGAUUGCUGCUCCGAACACAUUUCAAAAUGCGUGAAUGCUGUAACGAUGAAUGUAUCGGUUUGUUUGGCGUGUAUUUAAUUCAUUCUCUUGAACCUCGUGGCACACGGGGAGGGGGUCAGCGCCUCACCGGGCCCCCUUUGUUAUUCACGCAAAGAGAAACACUGCGAUGUUUCACACGUGCUCGAUGCGCCCUGUUGUUUUUUUCUUAUGUAUGCGUCUUGCAAAUUUCUAUUCCAACUCGAUGAUUGUAUGAGAUGAAAGAAGUUGUAUAUUUAACAUGACAAAUAAAAUUUGGGAAAUUUG